AUGCCCCGCAGUGUGUCCCAUACGAUCACAACACUAGAAGUACCCCUGUGGGCGGACCCACGGCGCGAGGCCGAGCUCCGCUGCCAGUACAUGCGGCAGCAACACGACCCUCCGCUGCAUUCCGUCAAGUGGUACCGAGACAUGCACGAGAUCUUCCGAUAUACGCCGCAAGAGCUAGAAACACGAGCUUUCAACAGUACAGAGAUAUCAGUGACGAAUAGUUCCUGUGACCUUGAAGCAUGUGUUAUCACAGUCAGACCAGAGCGAGGGACAGCCAAGUACACGUGCGAAGUGUCCAGCGAAGGACCUCGAUUCGCUGUUGAUAAACGAUCAGCCAAUAUGACACUAGCUGUUAUGCCAGAAUACGACCCGUUGAUCACGGGUCUACCAACGAUGGUGCAAGUGGGAGAGCAAGCGCUGGUCAAUUGCACGUCAGACUACUCGCUACCGGCGGCCACAAUUGACUGGUUCGUCGAUUCAGAACCACAGGAGGAUCCACUAAUAACACCAGACACAGUGGUGUCUGGCGCUGACGGCGAUGGUCUCCGCGCAUCCUGGCGGACGCUGCACGUCUACCCGGACGAUUACCCGACACACCGCGGGUAUCUGGCGCUGCGGUGCCGAGCCACGAUAGCGACGCGGCCGCCACAUGUACGCAGCAUGUCUGUCCGGCUGUACGUCGCCGCCAGACCUCAUAUAUCUUCUUAUAUGUUUAGUAAAAAUAGUAAGUAUUGGUUUUCUACAAGAGCGUUACGCUUGUCUAUAAUUACGAUAGACAAUGGACCAUCGAAUAGUAUUCUAGCGUAA